CGGGCCACCUACGACGCGCGUCGACGUCCCCUCAUGGAACGGCGAGGCAGAUAAGUUGACGAGCUACAAGUUUGAGGUCUCCAUGUUCACCAAGAGCAUCAAGACUGCGGAGCGCUACGUGUGCGGCCCGCAGCUGGUGCGCGCCCUCGGGGCGCGAGUCCGGACGACGGUGGAGAGCUGCCCGGACAUCGACACGGUCGACGAGAUCGACAAGGAUGGAGUUUUGAUUGGUUGGAACAAAGUGUUUCAGUACGUAUUGGAGAAGCUGGACUUCACCAGCCUGAAUGAUACGGGCCUCCUCGCGGAGGAGUUCUUCCUGAAGGUCAGCCGGAACUCGGGCGAGACCUUCCAGGACUGGGCCGCCAGAUUCGAGAAGAAGGAGCGGGAGCUGUUGGUGCAGCUCCAAGUCAUUGAUUCCAGCGUGACGGAAGUGAUCGCGAAGCCUCUUCGGACAUGGUGGUUCCUUCGGAAGUCCAAGCUAUCCCCUGUUCAACGUGGAGAGAUCACCGCCACUGCAGGUGGCGACCUCAACUUCGGCAAGACAUACAAGGCCUUGCUCACGCGCUUCCCGGCGGAGGCGCUGGCGGAGCUCGACGGCAAGCAGCGCCGCAAGGCCUUCUAUGAGGACACGCCCGUCGACGACGUUGAGGACGAGACUGGUGGGGAAGAUAUUGAUUUCACAGAGGUUGUCGAGCAGCUGAUCACCCUCGCUGAAGAAGAUGAAGAUGAGGAGCCAGCUGACGACAACCCAGCGGACAACGAGGUGUUCGCAGAGUUCAAGCAGGUGGGCAGGGGCUUCAAGGACGCUCGCGACCUGAUCCGACGCCUUCGAGUGUCCCGCGACUACUACUCGGUCGUGUCGCUCAAGGACCCCGAUCGCGUGCCCCCGCCUCCGAACCCGGGACGAGGCUUCCAGCGUGGCCGUGGCAAGAACGGUCGAGGCCGCGCUCGCUUCGACACGGGCAAGGGACGUGACAUGUCCAAGAUGAAGUGCAUCGCGUGCGGCGAAUAUGGUCAUCGAGCGGCGGACUGCAACGAGAGGUUCAAGAAAGAUAAUACGAGAGAUGGAGCUCGUGGGACUACUCACAACGGCUUCGUCCUGUCCGCCCUCGACGAGUACCUCUACCUCCUGGAGCGCGACGGCAUCUGGGCGAUCCUCGACAUCGGGGCCACGAAGAGCCUCGGCGGCCUCGAGAGCGUCGAGAACCUCAUGUACGAGAUGCUGGACCAGCACGGCCAGGAGUUCGAGACGACACAUGACGAGUGCUCAUUCACCUUCGGCGACGGCCUCCAGAAGAGCUCGAUGGGCACGGUGAAGGGGAACGUGUUCCUCGGCGGCGACCUGACCGAGGUCAAGCUGUCGGUGAUGCCGAACCGCGCGCCGAUCCUCCUGGGCAUGGACAUUCUGACUGACUCGCUGAAGGUUGUGGUCGACUGCGGCCGGAACUGGACCGGCCUUCCGACCAUGGGCAACAAGGUGUUCUUCUGCGAGCGCCUCUCGAGCAACCAUCUGGCCGUCAACCUGACGACGCCGCAGUGGUGGAGGGAGGUGCCGCUUUCCUUGCCGAGUGCCGGCGACGGAAACCUCGGCGGCGCGGACACCUACCAGAGCGACGGAAACUGCGACACGGAGCGGAUCGGUUCGAGCGACGGAAACCUCGAUUUCGUUCGGACGGACGGUCAGGGGAUCGACAACUUCGGCUCCAGCGACCCCGACGCCAGCAUCAGCAGCAACACCAGCUACUCCGGCAAGAGCCACACGUGUACGAAGGCGACGGAGGUGACCAUCCGGGAGCAGGCAGUGGCUCUACGCUGGCGGCGCCUGUCCAACAAGCUGAACUCCCCGGAGGUGCAGGGGGGCUGGAAGUUCACUCCGGAGAUGCUCGACGACUCGGAACUGCCGGAGAUGGACUCGAAGAGGAAACGCUGA